GUCAGGUGAGAAGAUGGAUCGUGGGGUUGUCUGUUCAUGCUUCGUGAACCGACUGGGGCAGGCCAGCAACAGGCAAGGUGAUGUGGGCGCGCGCCCCUUUUCUGUUCGUCAUCGUGAUCGCGUGUGCCUCCAUGCGUGGUUGCGUAUAAGAGUCUGUUAGGUUUCCCACCACGCGCUCCGAACCCCGGCGUCAAGCAGGGAGCUGAUGGGCAACUGCGACAUAACAAUCUUGUUGCGGCGAGCUGUCGUCUAUUUACACAAGUUCAUUUCUUGACACUUUGAGAUAUAACCCCCCAGGCCUCCGCCACUUACACACACGCAUACACACACUCACACCCUCAUACUCCCGCGACGCACAGCCCAGCCGCCACCACCACCAUGAAGGGCGGCUUCAUGACGGUGCGCUUCGACCGGCACAACCCGGCGUCGGAGAAGCGCAGCGCCGACCAUGUGCGCGGGUCGCUCGCCGGGCUCGACUACUCGCCGUUGCCGCGCGUGACGGGACGGUCGCUGGCCAUGGGCGUGCUGGUGUCGAUGGGCGGGCUCAUCUUCGGCUACGACACGGGCCAGAUCUCGGGCUUCCUCGCCAUGCCCGACUUCCUCGACCGCUUCGGCCAGACCGACGCCCAGGGCGAAAAGUACUUCUCCGAGGUGCGCUCGGGGCUCAUCGUCUCGCUUCUCUCCAUCGGCACCCUCUUCGGCGCGCUGUCCGGUGCCCCCAUCGCCGACCGCAUCGGCCGGCGCGCGAGCAUCUCGCUCUGGAGCGCCGUCACGUCCGUCGGCUUCGUCAUCCAGAUCGCCGCCGCGCACGCCUGGUACCAGGUCAUGAUCGGGCGCUUCGUCGCGGGGCUCGGCGUCGGCGGCCUGUCGCUGCUCGUGCCCAUGUACCAGGCCGAGACGGCGCCGCCCUGGAUCCGCGGCGCCAUGGUCUGCGCGUACCAGCUCUUCAUCACCCUGGGCAUCUUCCUCGCCGCGUGCUUCAACUACGGCACCGUCACGCACCACCCUGACAGCUCGGCCAGCUGGCGCAUCGUUAUCGGCCUCGGCUGGGUCUGGACGCUGGUCCUGGGCUUCGGCAUCUUGGCCUUUCCCGAGACGCCGCGCUUCGACUACCGCCAUGGGCGUGUUGAGCGUGCCCGCCAGACGCUGUGCCGCGUCUACGGCGCUGGCGAGAACCACUGGGCCGUCCACACGCAGAUCGAGGAGAUCGAAAGCAAGCUGCGCGCCGAGGAUAAGAUCCAGGGGGGCCCCGUGGCUGAGUUCGUCGGCAUGUUUCGAGCGCCGCGCAUGGCCUACCGCAUCGCCCUCGGUGUCGCCCUGCAGAUGUUCCAGCAGCUGACGGGCGCAAACUACUUCUUCUACUACGGCACCACCAUCUUCAAGUCGGUCCAGAUCGACAGCUUCAUCACCCAAAUCAUCCUCAACACCAUCAACUUCGUCACCACCUUCCUCGGCCUGUACAUUGUCGAGCACUACGGCCGCCGCAAGUCGCUCAUUGGCGGCGCCGCUUGGAUGUUUGUGUGCCUCAUCAUCUUCGCCUCCGUCGGCCACUUCGUCCUCGACGUCAACGACCCGGCCAGCACGCCCACUCCGGGCAUCGUGCUCAUCGUAUUCGGCUCCCUUUUUGUUCUCGGCUUCGCCACCACUUGGGGCCCCAUGAUCUGGACUAUUCAGGCUGAGUUGUUUCCCUCGCGCUACCGCGCCAAGGGCAUGGCUCUCGGCACUGCCAGCAAUUGGAUCUGGAACUUUUGCAUCGGCUUCUUCACGCCUUUCAUCUUCAAGUCCAUCGACUUCAGCUAUGGCUACGUCUUUGCCGGCUGCAACUUUGUCGCCGCUUUGCUCGUCUACUUCUUCGUCGUCGAGGGUCAGGGCCGCACGUUGGAGGAGAUCGACACCAUGUAUCUCGAGGGCAUCAAGCCUUGGCGGAGCAGCAGCUGGGAGCCGCCUUCGGCCGAGCACAUGGCCCGCCUCCGCCGCCAGGCCGGUAUCGAGCUUGAGGUCGGUGCCGAUGAGGAUGGCGGCAGCGAGGGCGGCCUGAGCGGCGACACGAGGACCGACGGCCCCGGAGGCAUGGGCAGCAAGAAGGAGAGUGGCAACGGCGGAGAGCUGAUGCACCAGGAGCAUGCGUAGAUUAUCUCAUAGAUGAGUAGGGUAUUCUCUGUAUAUUUCAAGCAC